UGAAAGAGCGCAGCGAACUGGGCGUCAACUGCUGAGGAUUUUAUUAAAAAGGUGAUCACUGGGCCUGACAGGAUCCCGAUCGAACCGAGCCGGUAACUAUGGACCAGAUGGCAGCGGACGAGGUGAAGCAUCCAGACCGCAGCGACAACCUGCCGCAGAUCACCGCGGAAAACUGCUACGAUCUGCUGGAAGAGGCGAAGCGCUGCGGCUCCGAGCGCGACAAGCAGCGGCUGCUGGACUUCAUGAGUGACCAGUACCUGCAGGUUCUGCGGAGCCCCGCCGUGUUCGGCCGGCUCACCGCCGCGGAGAGGGAGCUCAUCCUGGCCCGCAGGAUGGAGGGGCGGAAGGUGCUGGCGGUGGCCGAGACCUCCGAGGUGCUGGACAGCAGCCGCCCGCAGAGCCCGCAGCGGGAGGACCCCGCCCCGCGCCGGGUGUUCUGCCUCCACCCGGACUCCCAGCGCUGGGAGCUGCUGACCGUCCUGCCGGAGGAAGUCCCGGCUAAAGGCUCCGGGAUGUGCACCCUCUACAACUACCUGUUCGUGGCGGGCGGGAUGGGGACGCAGGACGGCCGCUCCACGGCGUCGGACCGGGUGUUCUGCUUCAACCCGCGGACCGGCCUCUGGACCCGGGUCCGCCCGCUGACGCAGCCGCGCUGCCAGCUGCGGCUGGUCUCCAUGGACGGACACCUGUACGCCAUCGGGGGGGAGUGUCUGUUCACCGUGGAGCGCUACGACCCGCGCGCGGACAGGUGGGCUCACGUGGCUCCGCUGCCCAGAGGCUCCUUUGCCGUCGCGCACGAGGCUGUUGCGUGCGGCGGCGCGCUGUUCGUGUCCGGCGGCUCGCUCUUCUACCGCCUGCUGCGAUACGACAGCCGCCGCGACGAGUGGGAGGAGUGUCCGUUCAACGAGAGCCGGCGGCGCUCCGCCGACAUGGUGGCGCACCGCAGCCUCAUCUACCGCUUCGACGUGGAGCGGGAGCGCGCGGCCGUGAGCGUGUACAGGUACAACACGCUGGUGAAGGUGUGGCUCGGCGGCGCGCGCUUCCCGCUCGACAACCCGCAGCCGUUCCGCUGUGCGGUGCUCGGAGACCGCAUCUACUGCGUGAGCCGCGGCCACGCGCUGCAGUUCGAGGUGCGUGAGGAGCGCGAGGGCUUCCUGUCGGAGGUGCUUCCGGGUCCCGCGGAGGCCCGCGGGUCCCUGGUACCGUUCGUCCUCAGUCUGGACAAGUGACCCGAACCGGGUCAGCCGCGGUGCCUUCCGCUGGGAGGUUGCUGGUUCGAGUCCCAGUUCAGUAAAAGUAUCAGUUAAUUUAACCAGUAAUUCAGUUCAAAAAGUGCAAUUUGUAAAUUAAAUACAUUCAUUUUGAUUAUUAUUGCUUACAGCUAAUAAAAAUAUAUAUGUGUUAAUCAAUGAUAAUUUGGUUUAUCGCCGGAUAAAUUAUCUUUAUUGAGCAGAAAAAGAGGAAUAGAAUGAAAUAUAUUGAAAAUAUCUUUUAAAAAAUGAGGACAACUAGAAAUAAAUAAAGGCAACAUUAAGAAAUAAAGUACGAUUUACAUGAAACAAAUAAACAAAAAUAAGUUUUAUAGAUGUGACGUCAAAUCACACAGGGACUGCUAGCUUAGCAUUGGUUGUCUGUUUAUUAAAAUAUUAAGAGCCUUUUGAGGGCCGAAGAGCCCAAAACCUCUCAGGUCGACGGUGUCACAUCCUGAGGUCAGUAAUCUGUGAUAAACAUGAACUCAUAAAUGUUCCAACAGAAAUGUAAGGCAUGCUCUGGUGCCACUGGGUUGAUUGCCUGGUUAUUGGUGGAAUAAAACGUUUUGGAUUUUUCCUGCUCUGGAGCACACAGGUGUGUCAACCACAUCCAGGUGAAAAGACAACCGGCAAUGCCUUUAGAGAAGCAACUGUUGCUGUCCAUCAAUCUUUGAAAGGCAGCAAAUACCCUCAAAAUCUAUGGAAAAGUUGGUGGAGGUUUGAUGAUUUGGGAGUUUUUCCCAUCAGGACCAGAUUAGAUUAAGGGCUGUUUCUGCUUCCUGUCAGAUUAAACUAAAAUGAUGUCUUAGUUUUCAAGUCUUGAAUGUUUCACUCUGAUCCAACUGGAGAAUAAAGCUGCCUCCAGUAUUUAACUGGUUUGUGUCUCCUUCCUCUGAAACUCUCCUCCUCUUCCUCAGGCUUGAAUCUGACAAGCAGAAACAGUUUUAUCUUUGGAGCUGUGAGUGAACGGCUGUGUUUCCUGCAGUCAGCGCGUUGCUUCCCUCAAACAGCCAACAGAGCUGCAGUGUCUCCGGCCUGAAUGGCUCUCUUUCAUAUUUCCUCUCCUCAGUUUAAUAUCCUGCAUGUGUCUGGAUUACUAAUGUGAUCCUGAGCUGCAACAUGAAGCAAUCAUCUGAGAGAAAAUAUAAUCCAGACAUAAAAUCCAACUUUUAGACCUGAAAUUACAGAAACAUGAGAUUUGGAAAUGAUUGGAAAAUGUCUGAUUUUAUGAGUAUUUUAUGGAAAUCAAAUAUGGAUCAACUUUGGCUUAUAUUCUGUUGUUUAUGCUGAACUCUUAUAUCUUUAAAAUGUAUUUACUGCUUUUUAUCCAUAAAGUUUUUGUCACAUCCAA